CUCGCAGAAUAAACAGUUAGGAAGUGAAAGUGAAAGUCAGUCUCCAUUUUGUGUUGAGGGGAAAAUACAGCAUUUCAGGAGUAAAAACACAAGACUAUUUCCUGUAAGUGAACUCUGAGCUGAUACAGGGUUUGAUUUAACACACCGAUGUUGGAGUGAAGUAAACGUGUGUCCUGCUGUAAUCUGGAGAAGGAGACAUGACCUCCAACAUGAGUGUGUCUGGAGAACAGGACUUAAAGAGAGACGAGAGAAUGAUGGAGGGAAAGAGAUCAGACUCACCAGAACCCAGCUGUGUGUCCAUGAAGAGUGACCGGUCAAUGCAUCAUCCAGUUAACUUCAGAGACGGAGCCAGUUCUCCUGAUGUGCGACCACAACAGAAGAAAUCAAACCUCAGCAGAAAUCAGCUGGACUCCAUAUUCAAGGAGCUGGAACACAAAGUCAUCACUCUGAUAAAGAAUGAGCUGAAGAGGUUUAGGAAGCUCCUGAGUCCAGAUUACCCAGCAUGCACUGAGAGGGAGGUGCAGGAUGAGGAGGAUCUGCACAGUGUCAGAGAGGGAGCGCUGAAGAUCACACUGCACGUCCUGAAGAACAUGAACCACACAGAUCUCGCUCACACACUGCACAACAAACUCGCCUCUGUGUAUCAGACAAAGCUGAAAUCCAGCCUGAGAGAGAAGUUUAAAAGAAUUAAUGAAGGAAUCUCACAGCAUGGAAGCUCAGCACUUCUGAAUGAGAUCUACACAGAGCUCUACAUCACAGAGGGUUGGAGUGGAGACGUCAAUAAUGAACAUGAGGUGAGACAGAUUGAGACAGCGUCCAGGAGACAAAAAGGACAAAAUGUGUAUGUGUGUGUAGUUGGCAAGGUCACUUUGUAAAGAAAUACUACGCGCAUGCGCACGUAAGCAUUCACGUCAACAUGUCCGCCAUAUUGAUGAGGGAAAGACCGCGCUGUAAACAAAUACAAGUAAACGGAGGAGCUGUGGUUUUUCUGGAUAAUAAUUUACAUGAUUUACCGGAGAUGAUAACGGCAUCGUUUUCAAAAACUUGCCCUUUGAAACCCGUUUUCCAAAGUUUUCAGGCCCCGAAACGCCGUCGUCAUGGAAACGAACAGCCAAACCGCAUCAGAAGUUUUCGGUUUUUAUUUUAAAACGUUGUGGUGUAAACGGCCCCUUAACAACUACAGCAAAAUGCUGCUUUUAUUGCUGAAGUCUUUCUGUAAACAAAUAGAAAUGAAAUAGAAUUUUUAUGAUUCACACUAUAAUACACUCCAUUCUUCUUCUCAAAGA